AUGUCUGCCCUUAAGCUAAGAAACGCGAACUUUCCGGCGCCGGAGAAUGAUGACCUUUCCGAGCAGCUGUCGUCAGAGACACAACCCCUGGUACUCAAAAGACAGAGGUCAGUGUCUCAACGAGCCAUGUCAAACACGCUGACAUCAGCAGCAAAUCUCUCAAACCUCCUCCCAACGGGAACACUCCUCGCGUUUCAACUCCUAACGCCCGUUUUUACUUCAAACGGCGUUUGCGAUAAUGCAACGCGUUUUCUUACCGCUGGUCUCCUCUUCCUCUUAGCCACGUCUUGCUUCAUCAGCUCCUUCACCGAUAGCGUUAAAGCCGACGACGGAACAGUCUACUACGGUUUUGUCACGUUCAAUGGUAUGUGGGUCGUUGAUUACACUGACGCGUCCGGGUUGGGUUUACCCGAUUUAUCCAAAUACCGAAUGCGGUUUGUUGAUUGGAUCCAUGCUACGUUGUCGGUUUUAGUGUUUGGAGCGGUUGCGCUGAGAGAUAAGUAUGUAACGGACUGCUUUUAUCCGUCGCCUGAGGAAGAGACUAAACAUGUUUUGGACAUUGUUCCGGUGGGGAUUGGAGUUACAUGUAGCUUAUUGUUUACGGUUUUUCCGACGAGACGUCUCGGAAUUGGGUAUCUUGUUACCGGGAAUGUUGAUCGCAGGUAAACAUUAUAGCGUUUUAAACACAUAAAGAGAACGGUAGCUUUUCUUGGUGGGUGGACUUUCUUUAUU